AUGACCCAAGGUCAUGUUCUCAACCCCAUUGCCCAGAUAGAGCUUCAAGCUUUUUCGGAUCAACUUCCACUCCUUCAUUGGUACAAAAUUUCCUUGGCUGCCAGUGACUCUUUGGACGAAAUCACAACCAAUCGAAUUCAAACUCAAUACAAAGCAGAGAACCUUAUUGAAGAAUAUGAUGACUUCAAGAAUAAGGAUUCAAUAUAUUGGGAUGAUUUAAAUAUGGACGAAAUGGAGCAAGGCUUGAAAGAGACAGAGUUCGAGAAAGCUUCUUCCUCCUUGAAAGUACCAGUUGUGGAGUGUGUGAGCCCAUCCGUAGCUUUGAAGAGGAUUAUCAUUGAAGAAUGUGAGAAGUACAAAGCUGGCGAACAAAGUGCUAUCAAUGGGCGCAUUUUCAUUCCCCGUCGCCACGAGCAACAAGAAUAUGUGCUUGGGCCCAUUUUUAAGGAGGCCCCUACUCAGCUUCUUGCUUUAUACCCACGUUUAGAGGAUCACUGCCUCCUCUAUGAAGCUCCUACUCAUGCUACCGCAAGGACUAUUCAUGCUGCCCCAUCUCCUCCUCCUGGAGUUACUAGAGCUGCUUCGAAGAAAGGAGCCUCACAGGAGGACUUUCCUCAGAGAGUUCAAGCCUUGGAUAUCCUCAAAGGCAAGCAGCAACAACAGAGGAAGAGAAAACUUCUGCUUGACCCUGAAGAGAAGACAACUGAGGUUUCCAUAAAAGAGGAAGAAGCAGAGAAAGAGAAAGAAACACUGUUCUCCAAGAUUCUGGUAGAUUGCUUCAAGCUCUUGCGUGGUUAUUUCAAGUUGGGUAUUGUAAGAGUACUGAUUGACAAAGGCCUUAGCCAACUCUUCCUACUUCUGCUUCACUUUAUCCUCCAACUUGGCGUACCAAGUGUGCUCAUACAUCAUAGCCGCAACACUGCUCAGAAACAGUGGGAUGAAACACUGGUAUUAGUACUGGGCGGAAUAGGACGACUUCUACGAUCUUUCUUUCCUUUCCUUAGAAGUUUGAGCAAUUUUUGGUCCGGAUGGGAAUCAUUGCUUCUUUUCGUUAAGAAUAGCAUUUUACAUGGUAGUAAAGAGGUUGCUCUUGCAGCAAUAAAUUGCUUACAGUCCACGGUCAUUUCUCAUUCUCCUAAGGGAAACUUGCCAUUGGAUUACCUGAAAUCAGUUCUUGAUGUUUAUGAGCUUGUUCUUCAGAAUUCAGAAAACUAUGGUGAUAAUGCAGCCAGCAAGGUGAAACAAGAGAUUUUACAGGGUCUUGGAGAAUUAUAUGAGCAAGCACAAGCGAUGUUUGACAAUGCCAUGUACACACGGUUACUAGCAAUCGUACAUAUGGCAGUCAAACAAGCCAAGUUUACAAAUUACCACUUUGAAGCAGAAUUUGGACAUGUUCCACCUGUGCAGCGUACUGUUCUGGAAAUCUUACCGCUGUUACAUCCGGCAGAGCAUCUUUCGUCAAUGUGGUCUUUCUUUCUAGGGGAACUUUUGCAUUACCUUCCAUUUUCUGAUUCUUCAGUACAGAGUGUAGAGGACAAGACAGAGCAAACCAGCACUGCACAUCAUAUUCACGACAAUAAUAAGAUGAUAAAGCCUGAGGUUCCUGAUGGGAUUGAUCUCAUAUCCCCAAACACUUCUACGACAGCUGGCAUCUCAAGCUAUCUGCUUGCUGAGAAGCUUGUUCCUGUUCUUGUGGAUCUUUUCUUACAGGCUCCUGCAAUAGAAAAGUAUAAUAUUUUUCCUGAAAUUGUUCAAGGUCUUGGAAGAUGUAUGACUACAAGAAGAGACAACCCUGAAGGUGGGCUUUGGAGAUUAGCUGUUGAAGGCUUCAACCGUAUUCUUGUUGAUGAUGUCAGCAAAUUAACAACAAAUUGUGGGCCAGACACAACUGUUAGUAGACCUGCAAGAAUACGUAUCUGGAAAGAAGUUGCAGAUGUUUAUGAAAGAUUCCUAGUGGGCUACUGCGGACGAGCCCUCCCUUCAAAUUCUAUGUCAGCUACAGUGCUCAAGUCUGAUGAGUCUCUUGAGAUGAAUAUUUUAGACAUUUUGGGUGACAAGAUUCUGAAGUCGGAAAUUGAUGCGCCAUCUGAUAUUUUGCGACGACUAGUUUUGACCAUGGACCGUUGUGCAUCGCGAACAUGCUCUCUGCCUGUUGAAACUGUGGAGCUCAUGCCUUCCCACUGUAGCAGAUUCUCUUUGACUUGCUUGCAGAAGCUAUUUUCACUAAGCAGUUGCAACAAUGAUGUCAGUUGCCACAACUUGGCUGGAUCUGAAGUUAACAAAAUUUCGAUCAUGAUACUCCUGACAAGGUGUGAAGACAUCUUGAGAAAAUUUCUGAUUGACGAGAAUGACUUGGGUGGCCAUCAAUUGCCAACAGCAAGACUUGAAGAAAUAAUAUUUGUCCUUCAAGAGCUGGCUCGUCUGGUAAUACAUUCAGAUACAGCAUCCGUUCUUCCAUUACAUCCAUAUUUGAAAGGAGGCCUUACAAAGGAGAAUCACAACAAGCGUCCACAUCUGUUUGUUCUGUUUCCGUCUUUUUGUGAGCUUGUUAUAUCCAGGGAAGGUAGAGUAAGAGAGCUAGUUCAGGUAUUGCUUAGACUCAUCAGUACGGAAUUGGCGCUGGAUAAAAUUAACCUAAGCUAGUUGAAUCACACGGAAAAAAGCUCUCUGUCGAUCCAUUCAAGUUCUGUUUGUCCAUACAAGGUUUUAGUUGAGGAAAUUUUUCUCUUCCUCCAAUUUUCAUUGUUUAUUAUACAGUUGUCUGUACAUUAAAAUUAUUUUUUUUUAAUUGUUUUAUAACUGUUCGAAAAGUUACCUCAGGGCAAUUAUUUUGUGGUAUUUUAUAAUUGAAUCAGUUUUUUGACCUGUUAACAGUUCCAGUGAAUCAAAAUGUGAACUAUUCUUUUGAUAUGGAAUGGAAAAUAUGUUCUUGAA